AUUUAUUUGAAACCAACCAAUAACAAAGAUGGUUUACAAGAUCAACUUCCCUUUCCUUUGAUGAACACUCUUAUUAAUAUAGAAACUAAACAUUUCUAUCCAAAAACUUCAACAUGGCUUCUACUUCCUUUCAUUUUUCUCUCUUUCUCCUAAUAAUAACCAUUUUCUCAUCAUCAAAACUAGCAAUCGCAGCAAACAACACACAAAAUUUCCACUACUUCUGUGAUUUCAACAAUAGAGGUAACUUCACAAACAACAGCACUUACCAAACUAACCUCAAAACACUUUUAUCAUCUCUCACUUCCAACACACAAAUCAACUACGGUUUCUACAAUUUCUCAAACGGCCAAAACACUAACAAAGUAAACGCAAUUGCUCUCUGCAGAGGCGAUGUUAAAAACCAAAACGACUGCCUCAGUUGCCUAAAAGCUUCAAGCAACAAUCUCACACAGCUUUGUCCAAACCAGAAAGAAGCAAUUGGUUGGUACGAAGAUGAAAAAUGCAUGCUGCGUUAUUCAGAUCGAUCCAUAUUUCGAUUAUUGGAAACAGGACCUGCUUAUUAUGCACACAACCUGGCUAACGCAACUGAUUUGAGCGUGUUCAAUGAAACUGUCCGAAACCUGCUAGAUAAUUUAACUCAGAGAGCUUCAUCUGGUGAUUCUAGUUUGAAAUAUGCUGCUGAUAGUGCGCGCGGUCCGAAUGAUCAAACUAUAUAUGGUUUGGUUCAGUGUACGCCAGAUUUGUCUGAAUCUGAUUGUAGUUCUUGUUUGGAUCAGUCUAUAGCGCGAAUACCGAUUGAUUGUUGUAAAGAUAAGAUUGGUGGAAGAGUCGUUAGGCCUAGUUGUAACAUGAGAUUUGAAACCAAUUUUCGAUUCUAUGUUCCUACAGCAACCCCGCCACCACCUCCUCCUUCCUCCACCAAUAAUACUUCCUCACCUCCUCCACCAGGAAAAAGCAAAACUACCACAAUCAUUGCCAUAGUAGUAUCAGUUGUUGCUAUUGUGGUGCUCAUUUUAAUCUUCAUCUAUUUAAGAGCAAGGAAGCGAAGUAAAAGACUUAGAAUUCAAGAAGAAGAAGAAGAAGAUGAUGAUGAUGCUGAUGAAAUUGAAAUUUCGGCGUCAUUGCAAUUCAAGUUAGAUACAAUAAGAGAUGCAACAAAUGACUUUUCUGAUCAAAAUAAACUAGGACAAGGUGGAUUUGGAACUGUUUACAAAGGUACACUCCCCAAUGGACAAGAGAUUGGUGUCAAGAGGUUGUCAAAGGAUUCUGGCCAAGGAUAUUUAGAAUUUAAGAAUGAAGUUGUUUUAGUGGCUAAGCUUCAACACCGAAAUUUAGUCCGACUACUCGGUUUCUGUAUAGAAGGAAGAGAAAGACUGCUUGUAUAUGAAUAUGUUCACAAUAAGAGUCUUGAUUACUUCAUUUUUGGUAGGUUUGUCUCUAUUUCUUUAGUUGUUAUUAAAGACAUGGUUCUGACUUCUGAGAUUCAUAUCUCUUUUAUAUGUUUCUAUACAGAUGAAACCAAGAGAGCGUGUUUAAAUUGGGAAAGGAGGUAUAAAAUCAUUGCAGGUAUUGCUCGAGGAAUUCUUUACCUUCACGAGGAUUCUCGUCUACGCAUUAUCCAUCGUGAUCUCAAAGCAAGCAAUAUUCUCUUAGACGGAGAGAUGAAUCCAAAGAUAGCAGAUUUUGGUAUGGCUAGACUGUUUGCAGUGGACCAAACUCAAGAGAAUACAAAUAGAAUUGUGGGAACCUAUGGAUAUAUGGCACCUGAGUAUGCAAUGCAUGGACAGUUUUCUGUGAAGUCAGACGUAUUCAGUUUUGGCGUAUUGAUUCUUGAGAUUAUAAGUGGUCACAAAAAUAGUGGUGUUCGUCGUGGGGAUACUAAUGAGUAUCUUCUAAGCUUUGUAUGGAGAAACUGGCGAGACGGGUCGCCAACAAAUAUUAUAGAUCCUACAAUAAUCAAUGAUUCAGUAAAUGAAGUAUUGAGAUGCAUCCACAUUGGGUUACUUUGUGUUCAAGAAAAUGCAUCUAGCAGACCAACUAUGGCUUCUGUAGUACUAAUGCUUAAUAGCCAUUCUCUCAGUCUACCAAGACCUUCGGAACCUGCAUUUUAUGUAGGUAGUGGAGCUGUAGACUUUCAAGAUAUAAUGAUGCAAUCAUCGGAGCAUAACUCAGGUCAGGAAUCGAUAAAUCAGGUUUCCAUUACAGAGCUAUAUCCUCGCUAGAUUUUGAUUGUGUAUAGAGUAUAGUCAUAAUAUACUCAGCCAAGAUAUGGUAUACAUGAAUUAAGAACAUAUCUAAGUGGUUGUUUUUAGAGUAGUUUAGUUUAGAAGAUGUUGCUUGAUCCAAAAGGAGAGUAGGUUUUCUUGUAAAUAAGUAGUUUGUGUGUAUCUAUUAGAUCAGUACUUUGUUUGAAGAAUGUCUUAAGACAGAACAUUGUCAUGUGUAUAAAUAAUGUUGAGAAGAUUAAUACAAUGAAGUCUUUUUGUA